AUGAGCUUGAUACUCUCCGAUUUAGACUUGACAAUAAAUAUGAUGACCAGAUCAGCCUCUUCAUUACAAAUUGACAACAAACUAUUGCAAACUCUCAUUCAUUCAGCAAACUUAUUAGGUGAGGCGGACAAAGAUAUCUAUCAUUGCUACUGCGUAGGGAGAAUUUUUUCAGGAGAGCGUGGUAGACCAAAGUACAACAUUUCUAGAGAGCAGUUAGAGUUGUAUUUGCAUUACGGUUUUUCACUUGGCAAAAUCAGCGAAAUGCUUUUCGUCAGCACGAAGACCGCCAGGCGUAGAAUUGAAGAGUUCAAUAUAAAAUCCAUGGCUUUCUCUGACUUGAGCAAUGAGGACCUAGACACUGUAGUAUCGGAAAUAAUGAGAAUUUCCAAACUGUGGCUCCAAGCGUAUGUCGGGCUUUCUGCUGGCCAGAGGUCUUCGAAUUCAACAGGCGAGAGUACGCGAAGCACUACGUAG